GGAUGUUUUAACAUUAGUUCCGCGGAUGCUUUCUCCGUGGCACGUGGCAAUCAACGUUUACUAUCUACCUCGUACAACGACAGAUGCUUGCUGAUACUUGUCGCGUCUCGAGCACAGGUUCAUCUUUCUUCAGACCUACUCCGACGCUUCUAUACUUUGCUAUGCCAGCUGCCAGACAUAGAAUUCAUGAGUGGCUCCUAUUCACCACGUAUAACUGACGCCCCACACGGGAAGAGACAUUCUCACUUCUAAUCCAGCCCCCGCCACAAUGCAACGACGACCUCUUCUCACAAUGGCUUCGUCCAUCUACCAUCUAUCUUAUCAAAGCCGUCGUCCUGCUUGUACUCUGCCACCCAUACCCGAGUCGCGAUCCGUCUUCUCUGUCCAUUACCAAACCGCGUUCCCGGAACCUUUUAACGCAUACGAAAUCGAAUACGUCGAUGACGACGAAUCUUCACUGGGCUCCCUAGAAUCCUGCUGCUGCUCCGAAUGUCAGCGGAUCACUGACGUAGACGCCGAGAUCCUAUUCUCAUCAGGCCCAGCAACUCCUCUCCGGGCUCCAACUCCAGACGAAUGUGAUAAUCCUUCCGAAUCUUCCGAUAGCCACACCUCAAUGAGCCCUAUCAUCCCGACUUCAGAAACACGGAAGAAGAAAACACCUCUAUCUUUUCUGCGGUCGUUCCGUGUUUUGUCUCCCGGGAUCCCUUCGCGAGAUCCUGAAGCAGGUUCCGAGGGUCAGCCAGCCGAAGCCGAAGGUACCGUCAACAAGGGAAAAGGCAUUUUUCGGAGCCUCAAGUCUAGGUUACUGAAUCCUCGGGAGAUGGCGAGUCUGAACAAUGCUGCUGAUGAUGAUAGCAAGUCAGAGAGCUCCAAGUCCGAGAAUAGGAGUCCACGCGCAGGCAUCCUCCCUAGGCUGCAUUCUUUUUGAUUAUGACUCAAAGCGGUGUCGGUAUGUCGUUUUCAUCUAGCUAUUCAUCAAUUGCGUUGAUUAAGUUGUUUCAUUCAUUCAAAUGGGCUGUAGCCUUUAGCUUAGAACGUGCUUCUUAUGAUCCUUGAGAUAUAAAUUCCCACUUGUAAAGAAAAUUUUGCGGAUGUAUGUAGCGUGGAAUCCGUAUGGAUCGGUCAGUCUACGUACUUGUCGGAAUCUGGGCUUUCUUGACAUAUAUCACCUGUCCGACCGUUUUACCUGAAUUGAAGUCUUUCUACUGCUCA